CCUUCUGGAUGCCCGUGACGCAAGUGUAUACCUUCCUUCCGACAAGGCCAAACCUUCGCCCCUCCUCCGUCAGAACUUCGACCAGAGUUGGCAGAGAUGGCAGGCAAGGAAAGCAGAGGAAAAGGCACUUGCAGAAAUGGACAUGAGACAGUUGGAAAUCGAGCAGCAAAGGCUGUUCGGGGAAGACGUCGACGAUGAAGUGAGUAUCCCAGAUGAGGCGAUGUUAGGAGUUGUCUUCGGUCUUUUCGGCGACCUCGACUACAUCGAUCCUUGAUAUCCUCCUUCUCCAUUCCACUCCCUUUUCUUGUUGCAGGAAAAGUUUGUUUGGAAGGCAGAUGUAUGCUUACGCAUCGUUCGCCAGGAGUUGUAUCGUAUGGGCAUUCUUUACAAAGACGACGAGGACAUCGCUCAAGUCUCCAAGUCAAACACAGUCUCGUGUGAUGUACCUGUCCAGCAUCCUGUCCCAAUGUUCAUCAUUCGACGUGGCAAACCCAAGCGUUCUCGACGGCGUUCAACCUGGCGUUCACUUCCGUUGUACCUCUCCUUUUCUGGAUUGAGCGAUGAUGCGGAUAUUGCACGACUCCUAUCUCCUUCCACCACAACAUCACCAAUACCUACGAUUCAACAUCGAACCAAGAUACCCCUCAUGUCUUCCAACACCGAUAUCGAUAUCCCACAGUCAUUACCGGCCCCACUUUCCUCGGCGUUCGGGUCAGGGUCACUACAAGGGUCACAUUUCCUCGAUAAUACCACCUUUUCUAUUUCGAUUCCAGAACCACAUUCUUUCGACACCAUUUCCAACACCGGAGACUGGACAUUCAUUCAAACGCCGCAUCAUGUCUCAGCAUCCUCAACCCCAUCUUCCGAACCAGAGACCUGGAUCCUGAUCGACGACUCGUAACAGAUCACCUACCAUUGAGGUCAACUCUGCGGACCGCUUGCACGAAGGUGUAAUGCGAGAGGAGCAAUGGGAAGUGAUUGGUCCUCAUAUAGCUCAGCCCUGUGUCUCUGGUGGUCAA